AUGCACGUGACGGCACGCAGCGACGACCACGAAUCGACCGAUCGCGGCCUCUCCCGUCUGCCCUCUUCCGUCUCGCUCGACCGUGUUCUUUCUCUGGGAGGUAGUCCGAGAGUCUUUUUUUUUUCCUCUUCAGAGGUGUAUGAUGAAACCUACACCGUCUGUUGCCCACUUUUCCCUGUUUACUCCGCCCCACGUGAAAAUAAAGUUGGAGCCUAUUUCCUUUGGUCCUGUUCCCUUCCUUCUGAUAUCAGUGAUACCCAGGACUGUGAUUUUGCGUUGGAUCAUAAAUACAACAACCUCAAGUACUUUGUUUGUCAAACCACAGGUGUUCCAAGUUACAACCAUUCCGUUACUUCUUGGUCGUUGCCCGUUUUCCUCGCCGAGUCAUCUCUUCUCUUUAUCUCUCUCUCUCUCUCUCUCUCUCUCUCUAUCUAUCUAUCUAUCUAUCUAUCUAUAUCCCCCUCCUUCUCUCACGUCUCUCUCUAUACAGGAUGCGAUGGAUAA